GAGAGUCACUGAUAUCGGCAUCAGAGUUUCCUACUCUGUUGGCACUGUGAUAGGAAAAACAUACUCGGCCUUGAGAGACUUCGACAAAGUGGAAUGCGCAGGACAAGAAGGAGGUGACAGCGAAGUUGGAGGGAGGAGAAAGUUAGGAACAAACAACGAGGCGAAGCACUAGUACAAGAAAAAAACUACUACUACUUCGUUUUUGACAACGUGUAUCACUUUUUUUUCUCGUAAGCGAUGACUAUUCCAGGAGCAAUGUCCGUUAAAAAUAGUCACGACGUUGGACUAUCGCGUUCCCAUUUGUUUUCGUUUUGUUGUGAAUCUGUCCCAUCCGGAUAGUCACGCUGCAGACUGCGAUAGUCAUUGGCACGCAGAUAGUCACGCGCCCAACGUUCUUGCUGGCUCUGCCGAUAGUCACGGCCUCCACCCUGCUGCCUGUUGCAGCUGCUGCGUUGGGUGAUAGUCACACCGCCGACGUUCUUCCUGGCUUCGCCAAUAGUCACGCGUCCCGGUCUGCUGUGCGUGGUAGUCGCUGGCUUCUGCGCUGGCCUUGCGCCAACGUGCUUGCUGGUUGUGCCGAUAGUCACGACCUCCAACCUGCUGGCUGUGCUAGCUAUUGCGUUCGGUGAUAGUCACACCCGUGACGUUCUUGCUGUCUUCGCCAAUAGUCACGGCCUCCACCCUGCUGCCUGUUGCAGCUGCUCCGGAUGGUGAUAGUCACACCGCCGACGUUCUUGCUGGCCUCGCCAAUAGUCACCCGUCUCCGUCUGCUGCGCGUCGUAGUCACUGGUUUCUGCGGUGGCCUUGCGCCAACGUGCUUGCUGGCUGUGCCGAUAGUCACGCCCUCCGACCUGCUGCCUCUGGGCAGCAGCUCGGCGAUCGUCACACCCCCAACGUUCGUGGACGUUCGUGCUGUCUUUGCCGAUACUCACAGCCUUCACCCUGCUGCCUGUGGCAGCUGCUGCGUUGGGUGAUAGUCACACCGCCGACGUUCUUCCUGGCUUCGCGAAGAGUCAACCGCCUCGGUCUGCUGCGCAUGAUAGUCCCUGGCUUCUGCUAUGGCCUUCGCGUCAACGUGCUUGCUCGCUGUGCCGAUGGUCACGACCUCCAACCUGCUGGCUGUGCUAGCUGUUGCGUUCGGUGAUAGUCACACCCCCGACGUUCUUGCUGACUUCGCCGAUAGUCACAGCGCCCAGCUCGCUGAUCGUGGUAACUAUUCCGCUCGGUGAUAGGUACACUGCCGAAAUUGUUGCUGGCUUCGGUGAUAGUUUUCCCCUCACUGUGCUGCGUCUGGUGUUCACCAGGGCCCCAGAUUUAAAGGAUAAAAGUAGUCGCGUUUUAUUGUGUGAUUUUUACACCUACAGACUAUGCAACCAAUACCACAAAAAACAAAAAAAGUCACAAGGUGGACCUAUAAAGCUCACCACAACGAUACGGAUGGCAAUUAACACGCUUUGAGCAUGGGUGUUGGGAUACUGAUUGCGAAACAUCGUCUUGCAGAACGAGACUAAUUCUGGAUGUUUGUGCAUGUUUGCAGUAUCACCUUGUAACAGAGUAAACAUAUUAUGACUAUGAAAAAUGUAAACUACGCUUUCGUUUGUCUUUGAUGAUUUAAGCCAUGAAUUAAAAUAUGUGUUCUUGUUUGAAAUAGAGCUUUUCACUGUCUUAAAAAUACAAAUCUGUUUUGAGACAGUCUGUCGCAUAACAUCGAGAAAUGACGAGUGAUUUAAUUUUCUGUUUCCUCGAGUUCAGUCUUCUGUUCGCGUUACCUGCUUCAGAGGGGAGAGGCAAACACCAGGAGAAACUAACCCACUGACGAGAGAAAAAAUCAAUUUUGUAUAGUGCUGAUCCUUCGUUGACAACGAUAUUAUUUUUUUCUACCCUCACCUUAAGACUCUCCUUCACAUUCCUCAGGCCUACAUUUGAACGUGAACAACCUUCAUUGUUUUUCAGCUUUCCACUUUUUUUAGUGCUUGCGGUCACUUCGCGUAGUAUUCUCAUUAUUUAAGCGCUUUGAGCUGUAGUCUUUUCUUUGCCAUUCCCUCGAACAUAUAAUGGCUUCUUGAACUUCUUCUGAAUCCCUAUUUUUUCGUAACAUUUCAUUCUCAUUUCAACAACAAGAUGCCACGACAACAACGUGCGGCCAGUAAGGUCGCGGCGCAGAAGCCAAUGAAAAAAGUGCUUCCAAAAAAAGUUGACCUUGCUCUCAACGAAGUUGAAAGCCUUGAAGAUUUUUUUGCUGGAGACGCAGAAUGUAAAAAUGAUGCAGAGGAAUGCAAGAAGAACUCGAAAAGCGCUUGCAAGAUUGUUGUGCCCCGUCUUCAAUUACCAGUACGCAAAGGAAAAAAAAACAAAAACUCUUCUGCUGUAGUUUUAAAACAUAAAGAACGAACUUCAAAAACAACGAAUAAGAAGAGUAAUACUGGCCAACAAACACCUCGAGAAGAUAGUGAAACUGUGAACAAGAUCACUGAGAAAAUCGAAGGCACCACUGCCACCUCAUUCGCGGACGUGGAAAUGGAAGCUACGUCGAUCAAUACCAGUCUCCCUCAAGAACCUGCUGCGACAAUACUACUGAACAACGAAACUUCUCAAGUGCAAGCAGACUCGAACAUCACGGAAUUGAUAAAAAAGGAAUCGCGUGAAUCAAACAUCCUUGGCAAUGCUGAUUUCGAUAUGGAAAGCUUGGUCGCAGACUUGGAGUCGCAAAAUAUUGAACCAUGUACUUCGCCGAUUGGAGUGAUUCAUCUUAAUCUCUCGAAGAAGAGCAUUGUUGAUUGCAGCACUGGCCUCGCAGCACCGAAGACAUCUUCUUCUUCUUCCUCAGUAGUAGUAAAUAUAGUUGCUAGUCCUGGGAGAGCUAAUGACUUGGAAUCAAAAGGCGACUCGCAAGAUCUCAUUCCCGCUUCUACAUGGUCUGAAAUAGUUCAAGAACUUCCACUGGACGCUUCGCGCCAGAUUGCUGCCGAGGUAAACAAGCAAGUAUCUCGAUCUUCUUCGAUAAUAAUUUUGACGAGUGACGAUGACAAGGAGCAGGCGGGCAACAAGUCUAUCAACGUCCCUGUUCCUCAUGCUGCAGGACAAGACUGCCGUUGCUUGGACAUUGAGACAACGUGCACGGCAAAAGCAGCAGUUCCUGACCCACCGAAGAAGACUGUCCCCAUGAAGCGACGCGCCCUCAAGAAAUCGGCAAACAAUGAUAUUGCUCCUGACGCUAGCACUGACCUACCAGCAAAAAGGAAGCGCGUGAAUAACAAAGUGACCAAGUGCGCAGAUGAUAAGGAUCAAAUGCUCGGGGAAGAACUUCCGAUGAAUCUGAAAAAAAAAAUAGUAAAAAAAAUUGCAUCUAGUUUUAGCACAUCUACGUCGUCUGCAGCAAAUGACACGGCGACGACGAUCGAUCCGCUAGCGGGUGCCUCUGUGGAACCUCUAACUUUUUACGCUGAUGCAACUCCUAGCCUAAUGGAUCCAUCUACUACUCCAGCUACCCACGUAACUACAUCUGAAGCAAGUCAAUUUGUUUUUCAGAAAAACAGCAAUAGUAAUUCAGCAGCCGGAGCUUCGUCAUCCAGUUCGAGUUCAACGAACAACGAAAAGUCUUCUUCUUCUACGGAAAAAGAUAAUACACAAGCAUCGGACAACACUCAACGAGCCCAACAAGAUGAAACAGAAAAUCGACGUAAUGUUUUCACGGACAGGCGCAAGGCAGACGAUCCAACUGUGCAAGCAGGAGCAGACGAUCCUUCUGAUGCAAUUCGUGUUGACGGGUCUAGUUUGAACUGCAUUUGGGAAAUUCCCAAAAAUUACAAGGGAUGGUCCUGCUACCUAAUUACGAUUCUGAACGUGGACUUGUCUCCCGCCGAAGUUUUACAAGUUAUUAUGAACUCAGUGGCAGCGAAUGGCCACUCUGUGAUGCAGAUUCUAGUGCGAGCUGAAAAUAAUCGAUCCGGUGAAGGUCAACACUCACACGCAGCCAUACACGUGAAGUCCCGACUCAGGUUUCCGCACAUCAAAGAGCACGUAGACUUAAGAUAUUUAUCACGUACUCUCUUUUUUUCUCUGCUUAUUCACGACUAUUUUCGUCUGAAAAUGUGAAUAGCCUGCACAGAAAAGCAAGGAAGUGAGCCUUUUUAUUUUCAUGCAAAGCGACGAUUGGAACGAAGCAAAACAAAGCAAUAUCUAGCGAUUGGCGACCCCUUGCUUUUGAGUCGAGCGUGUUCUACCUCACGAUGCCCACAGGCAAGAAAGCAGCGUGCACCUUUGGACAGUGCGCACGAUGGACACUUAUGUAAUAUAUACUAGCUUAGAAAUCAGAUCUCCUCUUUCCCGUACUACUUCAAACACGUUUCACAUGACUUGGCGUCGCCUUCUAACCCCUACCCGUCGCUGGUGCAACGAGACUUGUUAUGGCGUUGAUACUGACUCUUCUACAAUGACAUCUUCGCACUCAAAUGCUGGAAAGAAUAUUUCACAACGCAUUUAGCGAAGUAGUCGUUGUAGAUGCACGGUUGCUUUUCUAAUUCUUGACGAGAUAGCGCGAGGAGCGCCAGACUGUAAAGAAAAAAACGAAAUGGAUAAUGAUUAUGAAUGGGGAUAAUAAGCAAAACUUCUCAUUAUACUUUUUAAAUUAGUUUCUCGAGCUAAGUCUUACUUCCUCAAUAUCGCCGCCCUAGAGCGUGCGCUUUUGUUACUCGACUUCUUCAUCGACCCGAAUUUUACCAGAACUACGUUGUGCAUAAAUGGAAGCGUGUAGAAGACUUGGUGAAAAUGGCUCACGAAGACUCACGACUUCGACGACAUUGCUUUAGAGGCAAUGGCGACUUCACAAAAAAUUAAGAAGACUACAUGCGUACUUCACAGAAAAAGAAUCUCAAACAUGAGAUGCAUGCUUUGUGCGUGUAAAGUACUUAUGGGGUCCGCGUCUAAUAAUUAUUUUUUACUGUUAGAAGAUUUGCCCACUUGCUCGAAUCUUACGAGGACGACAUGAACCUUUACGACUCCCUGCUCAAGCCAAGCAGAGCGAACCCAGAACAUCUUAUGGCAAUUCCUUUCUUCAAGUGGUGACUUACUGAUCCAGUAUCAAUAUUUCUCAGUAUAGCAUAUGACUCUAGUUGCAACUUCGCUCACUUUGCUAGCCUUCAUCUUCUAAUGCAAGAUGUGCGUACUACGAUAUCUGGCAGAAAGCAGUGGAGAUCCAAACGGAAAAAUCGUCCCGGCUUUUUGCAUUCGAAAUCCUGCACUUAAGGCUUCACUACCUUGCUUGUACUACAAAUUUGUUUUAUUUGUAAGACUACUUUUCCAAAUGGAAAAAGUCUACGCAAUACAUAAUACAAAGAUUUCUAAUGCUCUGGGCGAAUCUCGGACGGGUAAGGGGCAACUACUUCUUGGUAGUCGGAGUUCCUGGAUCUGGAAAGUCAGCUUUCGCAACGGAGCCGCUGAAGCGUAAGAUUAACUUUAUCCCUUGUCUCGUAAAUAAUUUAUUUUCCACUUCGUGACUAUUGUAGGCAAAAAAAAAAUGAUGAUGCAACUUAAGCUAAGUUCAACUCAUCACACGUCACAACCUCUUCUUCUUUUACCUCGCGCAAUUCCUUCAUUUCUGGCCAGUUAUUUUGGGAAAAAAAAACUUCGAUAUGGCUUCUGGUUGUGGAUCCUACGGGCUCCUCGAUAUCCUCGACCGCAACAUUAAAGCGUUCUGCGUGGACGAGGUCGUGCUUUCACGUUGGGCUUCGUUGCUAGGCACGGGGACAGGAUCCGGAGGAUGGUUCAAGAGGUUACUGAACUUCCUAACUACCAGACAGAUCGAAGUUCCUGUUCCUCGAAACUGUACGAGAGACGACGCACUCUGGGAUAACCCUGCGCCAUGUUUCGGUAGCACGACAGAAGAACUGUUUCUCUUAAGGACGUCCAAUGCUCGCUCAUAGUGCAACUCUGCUUUUUACGUAAUGCACUGCUUGCAACUUCUUGUUUUCCUGACACCUUUUAUCAAGUCUAACUUAUGCGAUGGGAGAGGACACCGAAUUCAAAACUGAGAAGCGAGUUGUACUUGAAAACGAACAACUUCGACAACGAUGCAAAUAUAGACUCUGGAAUGUGGACCUAACCAAAAAACUACCUUCACAAUUUGGGCCAAAGGCUCAAGCAAAAAAUCUUUGGGACAUCUGCGCCAUAUGCUUUUCGCAUCAUUUGAAGUUAUGGCUAUGCUACAUGGUACUAUCCGCGCCAAUCCCUUACUUUUUUUAUAUUUCAUUUCUAUACCCCAAGAUUACCAAGUGCUUCAACAUUGCCUACUCUCGUACUCUAAUGACCGACGCGCAUGAUCAUUAUGACGUGCUUCUGGACCAACAUCUUCAAUGCUUGGAAGUACAGGAAGGAGAAGCCGAGGAGUCCGUUGAUGAAUUUGCUGUCGAUAUUUCUCCAGAUGAAUGCACUGAUCAUGAACCCGAACAAGUCUUGGAGCAGGCUGCUGAUGAAAUUUUAGGCAGUAUUUCUGUUCCUUUUUCUGCAUUCGACGAUGUUGAAGGUAUGGCUUUUUGAACCAUAUUAAUAUUCACGUUGAUAAUAUUGAUCAUGCCCAACACAUGAACUUUCUAUUCUUGGUAGUGCAAUUAAUAUGACUAUGCAUAUAUGUACUACAAUUUGCAAGAACAAGGAUACUAAUAAUAAAACUGAUGCUGAUUGACAUGCUAUAGGGUGUAUCAUUGCAAUAAUUAUAGUUUUCAUCUGUCAAAAGUAAAGCUCUUUUCCAUGAAAGUAAGACUAUAGUUACACAGUCAGUGAUAAUGUAUAUUUGCACUCCAUGCAUUACAAGCAUAUACAAUACUUCGCUCUUGGUAGUCGCAUACAUUGCAAGAGAAUAAAGCUUUCAUGUACAGUCAUUCUCUUGGGCUACACUGCAAGAAAUAGAAACCGAUAUUAUUCAUCCAUCAUGUACACACUUCCACUAGAAUUGUAAAGGGCAAUACUUUCGCGCACGUAUAGACUCUAAUGAAACUCAUCCCUUAAGUGUGCUCCUUGUUCAUGAGAAUCGUCCUAAAUUAAUUCAUUCGCCUAGCGUGAAGACUGGGAGUCACGAGGAAUGAGAAGUGAACGAGAAAAAUCAUUGCUCUUGUAUUUUCGAGGAGAGAGACCACCAAACACGCGCUGUCACCUGCGAAUGCGCUCUGUCAUGAGAGAAAUUCGCGAUCUUAAUUCAGCAACGACUGGGUAGGAAAUUCAAAAAAAAAUGGUUGUCGCAAAUGGAAUCCCCUGCCCAAAAUUUCAUUGCCAAAAACAUUUUCUAACCCUUAAAUGCACAAACCCAGGCAUCCACUUUCUUGCGUGCAUGAAUUCAAAACGUAUAUCAUCAUCCUGCGAGAAUUUUUGUUUUAUAUCUGAAUCAACUACCUAUCACAUAUUCGGGCAUUGGUGGCAAGCAUUACACUCACACCAAUACUCAACAACUACCAUACGAAAAAUAGGGCAACAACGUUAGUCACAUAGAAUUUUUUUUUUUAGUUCCGUGAUAAAGAUAAUGCCGGAUAAUCGAAAGAGGCACAACCCUCCGGAAUGGGAACGAGCACAGAGAAGAGCAAUUUAGGGCUUUUCUAAUCCACCAUCGAAAGCUUGUAGAGCAAGAGUGACAAUUUCAUCGGCACCCUUGCAGGCGCUUCUUGGUGGAUUAAACCAGCUCUAACAAGACCAGUACGAAAUCGAUCGUCGCUUCAACGAAGUGGUUACUCCGUUAUUAUCGAUUAUUAUGGCAUCAUUACAGCUCCAGCAAACCUCUAACACCCAUUAGCUCCUUCUUACUCCAUUAACCGCCCAAUCCUAAACCUUCUAAAUUUGUCAUCCGUUUGGAGUCCAGUGUCCGCUUGCUCGAAGCAAAAGUAGCCGAUAAGAUUCACCAAGUCAACCUAGAGCAAACAAUCACUCCGCGAAGCUCGCACUUGCCUCCUCGAUUGCCAGGACUUGUAAGCUGUUUUCGUUUUCCUUCACUUCAUUCAUCGACGAUUCUUAUAGAGUCCCUAUGUUUAUCAUCUAAAGGCAAACAUAUCUCAAAUCUUCUACUGUCCCCAACAGCGUCCACAUCCUCCUCACCCAACUUCUGACAGAACACGCCGAUGUUGCCGCUACUUCACCAGACGCCAACACUACCCACCUUUGUCCAAGAGGUUACUCCGAUGGUAUUCCUUCGACUACUUCUUCAUCAUUUUAAAUACUGAUACUUAACGUGUAAUUUGACUUCAAUACUGAUACUCAUCAACAUCUUCUAGUAAUAUCGCGUAGUCUUCGUCAUCUCGUCUUGUUCAGGGAACGCCAAUGAAUCCGCAAAAUGGUCUUCUUCCGAAUCUACUCACGCCGACUCUACCGCUGCCACAACUACCCAACCCGUUGCACUUCCAGUCGCCGCCUCCCGAGUCACUACUACCACCUCAUCCACCAUAUCCGUCCAUUCCUCCGAUGGCAUCAGCCUCAUCCACUCCAUCAUGUUCGGGGAAUGGAACAACACCAACCUCCUCUGCUCCUUUGUGCUCGGGAAAUGCAACGAAUGGCCUGAACAUGAUCCUGAACCAAAUCAAGGGAAUGGCAUUCGAUUAUUUUUUACUACUCAAAUUUUCUUCCUAAUAUCAUCCUACUCCAUCUCCUUUCACAAAACUACUUCAUCUCUCCCCAGCAACCCUUUCAAACCCAAUAGUCGCCCAAAAAAAUCUCAACCCCAGGUUAAUUUUUCGACUAGGAAAAAACUGUUUUAUGAAGAAGUAGCUUCCUAACCUGGGGUUGAGAUUUUUUUGGGCGACUAUAAGGUAAGGGUUUUUUUUGGGUGACUAUAAUUUUAUUUGAAGGAGAAUUGAUGUAUUGAGUGCUUAUUUGUAAUAACAGUUGGAGUUGCAACGGAUGGAGAGGUAAGGGCCGGUUUGUUUGGAGGAAGAGGGGGAGUUGCGUGCGGAGGGGUGGGGAUCAAUGUUCGAUGUGUUUGCAUUGGUGUAAGCUGCUUCUAAGAAGAGAAAUAACGUUUUGUUUGUGUAAUUCGUAGUAGUUGGGAUGAAUAUGAAUCCAUUAUAAGUUUAGUUAGUACUCGUCUUCGAUAAGCAACAAGUUGCUACUUUUGAAUCUUAAGCGUAGGCGUUGAUCCUAUUAUUUCCUAAAUCUAUAAACGAUGUAUUAUGUGUGAUUUGUUUCUCGUUCAUGAUAGUGGUGCAAAAGUGUCUGCUCGUGAGCGUGUGCACAGUGAGACUUCAUCUAAACGUAUAUGGACUCUUAUACUUUGUCAGUGCUUGGUAGUAGUUGUUCUUGGUCUUGGAGUUAGGGAAAGUUCACGAUGGUCUUGAAAGACUUGAUACACGAGGAUUGUCAAAAACCAUUAAAGACAUCGUUAAGCUUUCAAAUUUAU